AUUCUAUUCCACCCUAAACAAUCGAACACCGCACUGAAACAGACCUAGAUUUCUACUMGUUAUAGCCUUGGAAACUACUUUCAGACAAAAUUUGAACUUUCAGCAGAUCAAAAUUUUUCAAGCAAAAAAGAUGGAGAAGCAAAAUGGUCACACGAGUAAUGGUACGUUAAAAACAUUUAUUGACAAGCGAAGUGCAGAUUUGGAAGAUGUUAACACWAUGUCACCAGAGCAGAAGAGAAAAGAGAAGAUUUACAUCACGAAGAAUGUAGUGAUCAUAAGYGGCGGUUUUCUCUUUCUCUUUACCGCUUUUCAGUCUCUGCAGAAUCUACAGAGCAGCUUGAAUGCUGACAAAGGUCUGGGAUUGAUAUCACUAUGUGUGAUCUACGCAUCGCUGAUAUUAUCAUGUAUGUUUGUACCGCCGUACAUGAUUGGUCGAUUGGGCUGUAAAUGGGCGUUGGUCGUCUCCAUGAUAAGUUAUGUGCUGUAUACCGUAGCCAACUACUACGUCAAAUACUGGACUCUCAUUCCUGCAUCGAUAUUAGUUGGGCUAUCAGCGGCUCCUCUGUGGUCGUCAAAGUGUGCGUACCUGACAACUUCAGCCAUUAGGUACACAGAACUGAGUAAAGAAACACAAGAAGCUGUUGUCACGAGGUUUUUUGGCAUCUUUUUCUUGAUCUUUCAAAGUGGUCAGAUUUGGGGAAAUCUCAUCUCGUCCAUGGUUUUGCAGCAAGGAGAAGGUGAAGACGUGUUUCGUUCAGAUGCUGGUGAAGUAUGUGGAGCCCGAUAUUGUAAACCACCAGCAACUCUAUACAUCAAUGGUACCAAUAGUACCGGAGCACCUUCGUUUACACCUAAACGACCUUUCGUAAUUACGAUGCUGAGUAUUUACUUUGGUAUUGGUGCUUUUGCUGUCAUCUUCAUCAUCAUUUGUUUGAACAAAUUGACUGGGAAAAUGAGUCGAAAAAAGGAUCAAGAGACUGGAUUAUCUCUUCUUAUUGCUACAGUCCAGCACGUCCGACGGGAUUAUAAAAUGAAGCUUAUUGUUCCAUUGACCUUCUACAGUGGACUUGAACAGGCUUUCAUCUUUGGUGAUUUUACAGCGGCGUUUGUGACUUGYUCUCUGGGCGUCCAUCGAGUCGGUUUUGUCAUGAUCUGUUUUGGAGUCACUGACGCCGCCUUUUCUUUCAUCUUGGGUAAACUUACCCAGUACACUGGGCGCCUUCCAGUCUUUGUCAGCGGUCUUCUUGUGCAUCUCACAGCCAUCAUCACCAUGCUCUUGUGGAGACCAGACCCCAGCCUCGUUUGGGUGUUCUACGUGCUGGCAGCUCUACAGGGAUUUUGUGACGCUAUUUGGCAAACCCAAAUCAAUGCUCUUUAUGGAUGCUAUUUCCCUGACAAUCAAGAAGCUGCUUUCUCUAACUAUCGUCUUUGGGAGUCACUUGGUUUUGUAGUAGCAUUUGCCUAUGGGAACUUCCUUUGCAUUAAUGUCAAGUUGUACAUACUCCUUGGAGUACUGAUCUUGGGCAUGGUGGGGUACUUCGUUGCUGAACUCACUCAUUACAGAGCGGAGAAGAAUUCAUUUUCUGUGAGUCAAACAGCUAAUGACACAGAGUUGGCACARACAAACAAAGCAAUGCAUUCAGAGGAAAAUCUUAAUAAUGUUGCUUAGUAGUUUGAAUAGUUUGWACAUCAGUAUCAUCUGCAUCUUGUGAGGUUGUCCUUUAGCAGCAAGGCCUCUCACUUAAUCCUACUUUUAUCAGUAGCUGACUUUGAAAUCUGAGGGGGAGGGGUGGAUUUAGUUGCAUAGCAAUGGGACUUUUCACUAGAUUAAUUCAUUUCUGCGCCAUGUUAGAAUUAUUCUAUAUAGACAUUUUGCAUAGCCUCUCCCCUAUAAUUUACUCAUGAUGAGUGCAGGGAAAAAUUGCAUGUAUAUAUAAUUAAUUUCGGGCUUUCAAUCUCUAACAAAUACGUAAGCGAUGUUCCUCGUUAUUAUUUUUUAGACUAAGGCACUAGACGUAAAGGGCGUAUUUAUUUAAUAAUGUUUCGAAUUAACUUUAAUUAACUUAACGUAUUAUAAAUUAACUUAAAUUGGUGCUGUAGCAUUAUUUAAAAUUAAMUUUAUGUUUGUGUUUAUGAAGCUCUUGGUGUUGGCCUUGUUGUAUAUAGCAGUAGGUAUCCCAAUGUAUAGAAAUAACAAUUAGACAAAUUGAAAACUGAAAUAAUAUGUCAUCAGUCAAUAAGAUAACUAAGAAGACUAAGUCAUGAAAACGCUAUAACAACAAUAACAUAAGAUGUUAAAAUAAGAUGUAAAGCUAAAAGUCGACGUCAUUGCAUUAAGUUCUAUAAUAACUGCAAUGAUAAAACAUGAAUAUUAACUAAAAUAAUUCUAACAAUUUCACUAACAUAACUACAACGACGUCAUUAACGUAUGACAAAAUUAACUAGUGACGUCAUUAAUGUGUGACUGCAGUGUCGUCAUCAAUGUAUGACUGCAGUGUCGUCAUCAAUGUGUGACUGCAGUGUCGUCAUCAAUAAUGACUAAAAUAACUACUGUGACGUCACUGGAAUUCCUUAUCUGAAUGAGGAAGAUAAUAGUUGAAACACAAAAACACAUCAAUGUAUGAAUAAAAUAACGCGGUUGAUAAAAUUAAGGUGUGACUACGAUUAUAACUUAAUCUACAUUAACGACAGUAACGAUCAUGAUAUGAAAUUACGCUUGACACAGACAGAUCAUCCGGCAAGAUCUUUUUUCUAUUAUAUAUUUUUCUGAUGUCCCAUAACUCCCCAGAGUGAGAUCAGCUCACUACUAUCGAUCGCGAUGCUAAAUAUUUAUACUUCAAUGAUGUCAUCACUAGUAAAACGAAGAAUACACAAAUUUAAUCAAUCCGUAGCAAAAUCAMCUGAAAUACUUAGAUAAUAAUGAUGUAAAAUUUUUACUGCGGCAAUGAAAAAAAGACGAUCGAAACAUUUAUCGAACUCGCUAUUGCAUAGCCUGCGUACAUUUCUGAAUACGACAGUGGUUAUCUAUAUACAAUAAACACUCGAGCUAAGUGAUGAGUGACGAUGAGGAAGGAUUUUCUAAAGGAAAACCUUGUAAUAAAGAAUUUUUUACAGUUUAUAUCUGAAAUUGGUAUUCACUCUCUUGUUUGAGGCUGAUUGUUUCACCGUACAUAUAAACUAUUCAGGAUUUCAAGUGUGUCCCUGUGGAUGAAAUUUAAAAUUAGGAAUCCAUGCUUGUUUGAUCCGUGAUCUAAAGACGGAAAAUACGGAAUCCAGUAUCAUUAUGUAUUUCAAAUAUACUAGAGUCUAAGGAUAGACCAUAAAUACAUUCUAUAACUCUUUUUAAUUUGUAUAAAUAAAAUGGGGUUCUAACUAAUGAAAUAUUGGUCACUUGUGUAACAUGAAACAAAAUAAAAUUGGUAUAAAAUA